UGCAUGCCAAAACUCCAUCCUUGAUAAAUUGGAAAGAGAGAGCAAUGGUGGAGAAGUCCAAGAGAAGACCAAAGCCAUGGAGGGAGCUCCUCUCAAGCUUCAUGGCAUGUGGGCGAGCUUUUAUGUGCAUCGCGUCCAACUGGUCCUCCAUCUGAAGGGCGUGGAGUACGAGUACAUAGAGGAGGAUCUUAGCAACAAGAGCCGUGCCCUCUUGCUCCAGAACCCUGUACACAAGAAGGUCCCAGUCCUGCUCCAUGGCGAUCGUCCCAUCGCCGAGUCCACCAUCAUCAUCGAGUAUAUUGACGAAUUCUGGAGGGAGAAGCCCAUCCUGCCAACAGAUCCUUAUGAACGAGCUGUUGUGCGCUUCUGGUGCCAUUUUGUUGAUGACACACUACGUCCAUCAUUUGGAGCAAUCCUUCGUUCCUCAGCAGAAGGACAAGGGGCAGCAGUUGACAAUUUUUGCCAAAACCUAGAGUUUCUUGAAGCUGAGCUUCGUGAUGGCUUUUUUAAGGGAAGAAAAUUUUUUGGUGGCGGAAGAAUUGGCCUUCUGGACAUUGUUAUGGGUUGUGGCUUAUACUGGAAUUCGGCAUCUGAAGAUGUAUUAGGGCUAAAGAUCAUAGAUCAAGAGUCCUUCCCUUUUUUCACAUCCUGGUUUGAAAGUUUCAAUGAAGCCAAGGAGGUGAAGGAAGUCAUCCCACCAACUGAGAAAUUGGUUGAGUAUGUAAAAGGCUUGCUUCAGAAAAUGUUCAAUUAGAAGACUAUUAGAUCUCUUGAUCAAGUAAUCAAUUCUGGAUGUUUUCCUACUUCAUUUGAAUUGCAUAUUGGAGAUUCUAAUUUAUAUAGCAAAAAAGAACUUGGAUAUAUUUCUGUAUGAUUUACUACUUUAAUGAAAAUCAUUUCCUCUCCUUUUAUGCCC